UCUAGUCUCUUCAAUCAUAACAACUUCUAUCUUCAUUAGACAAAAGAAACUAAAUGGAAUCUUAUUCUAGUUCAUAUUCUUCAACUAAUAAUUCUUCAUACAUAUCCCAAAACACCAAGAAACUAAAUGGAUCAAUGAAGCAUAAUCAAUAUCCUUCUCAAUCUAAAUACUCUUGGCUUCAUUCAGUAAGAAAGUCACCAGUAAAGAAAAUGAAGAAAGUUCCAAUAGCACCAAUGCCACCAACACCUGUCACAGUAUACAAAGUAGAUCCUAUAAACUUCAAAGAACUUGUUCAAUCUCUCACUCGUUCAACUCAGUUCAUACCUUCACAGCCUGAUCAUCACAACCCUAUUCAAAACACAAAUCAUACCAUUAUUGCCCAUGACAGUGUUCCUUCUCUCCCAAUACAACUUUUUUCAGACAGCAGGGUCAAUACUGUGGAAGUGUCCCCUCCAUUGGUGCCAGUGGCAGUGAGUACUCCUAACAACUGGUAUCACUACUUUCAAGCUGAAUAUUUUGAAAAGAAUUGUAAGAAUGAUCGGGUAACGACUCCUGGUUUGUUGGACAUGAAUCUGCUCUCGCCGACAUCUUUUGGUAACUGGUGUUUUGUUCCUCCUAUCAUGAGCCCAACAGUUUGAACUGUUUUGAAGCUGUUAUGUAUCUAAGCCUUUUAGAAUGGAUUGAAUUAUUUUGUUUGUUAAUUAUUGCUCUAUUUAUUAUGCUUUCAUACUAGCAGUAUUCUUAUAUGUAUGGUAUGGCACUUGGAUGGCCGAGGCCAUGCCCGUCUCCUCGUUUCUCCCUCUCGUGUAUUAUUGUGAAUAUACACUUUAAAAACAUAUAUGAUACAAUAUAUAAUUAUAUCCUUUCUCUUUUCUUUUUUUUUUGUUAAAUCUAGUGUUACUUACUGGAAUAGAAAAGGAUUGAUAUGUUGAUGAAGAUCACCGCAAAGAUGCUUCCGAUGGUUCUUACUUUUUUAUAAAACGGAGAGGGUACCUGCAAAAAUGUUAGCAGUUUCAUACUCGUUAGAAUGAGAUUAAGGUAAAACUUUGAAAAUAUGAGUUGAAUUGUAUUUGGAUAAGACUCAGGUUCAUACUUUAAAAGAGAGGAAGUUGUAUCCGUCUCUGAGUUGUCCGACAUGGAGCAGGAGUGACCGUUGGAUAAAGAUCAAUGGAACUGAUCAAAGAAUGUCAGUACUUCUGUGAAGAGUCAGGCCGUCUCAAUUAAUUAGGAGGCCCUUUCUAAAAUUAAAAAAAAAAUACAUAUAUAAAAUAAGUAUAUUUUUUAAAAAAAAAA